UCAGGCUGUCAACGUGGAGCAAGACCUACAACACACAAUCCAAAGAUGGGAGACCCGGUCCAGUUAAAAGACGACGGAAACAAACACUUCCAAGCGGGAGAGAUUGACAAAGCCAUUGAAUGCUAUACUAAAGCCAUCAGUGGUUGCAAGGACAAAAAAGUGCUUGCUGUCAUAUACAGGAACAGAUCAGCAUGCUACCUGAAAAAGGAAAGCUAUGCAAAUGCAGCAUCUGACGCAUCUAAAGCAAUCGAUGUUGAUGCAGCUGAUAUUAAAGCCUUGUACCGGCGUUGUCAAGCUCUGGAGAAGCUAGGUAAACUUGACAUGGCUUUUAAGGAUGUACAGAGAUGUGCCACCAUUGAACCGAAGAACAAGACUUUCCUGGAGACUCUACGCAGACUUGGAGCAGAAAUUCAAGCCAAGCUCAAGACAACAUUUUCGACCGAUUCAAGGGUACAGAAUAUGUUCGACAUUCUUCUUGAUGAAGAAAUGGACAAGGAUAAAAAGGAAAAAGCUGCAAACAACCUGAUUGUGCUGUCUAGAGAGGAUGCUGGAGCAGAGAGAAUCUUCCAGAAUAAUGGCAUGUCUUUGCUACUCACCAUGAUAGAGACAGGCAAACCAGAGAUGAUCUUGGCUGCCAUUCGCACAAUGUCAGGAAUGUGCACAGGACACAAAGCUCGGGCAAUGGCCAUAAUUAACAUGGUGGGUGUUGAUAAGAUGUGCAGCAUCAUGGCUGUUGACAAUGAAGAGAUUUCACUGGCAGCCUGCAACCUAUUCCAGUGUGUCAAUGACUCCCUCACUGGUGGAGAUAAAAGAGAAUAUGGGAAAGAAGAGGCUCUGGUUUUGGAUGCAUCCAAAGACCUGAAAACUAUUCUUCUAUCCCUGCUGGAGAUGGUCGCCAGUAAGAAGGUGUCUGGUCAUGGCAGAGACCAGGCUCUAAACCUAUUGAGCAAAAAUGUACCUCGCAAAAACAAGAAAGAGCAAGACCACUCCAGGACGCUCUUCACUAUUGACAAUGGUCUGAAGAAGAUCCUCAAGGUGUGUGGUCAGGUGACUGAACUGCCAGACCAGCUGCCUUUAACAGAAAACACACAGCUGAUUGCCAGUGUGCUUCUCACCAAGCUCUAUGACGACCUUAAAUGUGACCCUGAGAGAGACAACUUCAGAGACAUUUGUGAUGCAUAUAUCAAAUCCAAAAUUGACCCUAACGACAUGGACAAGACCAUUCAUGCUAUCAAUACCAUCUCAGGACUCCUUCAGGGUCCCUUCGACGUGGGCAAUGCUCUGAUUGGACACCAAGGUAUAAUGGAAAUGAUGGUGGCAUUGUGUGCCUCCGAACGUGAGGUUGACCAGAUGGUUGCUGUGGAGGCUCUGAUCCAUUCCUCCACAAAGAUGAGUCGAGCCAGCUUCAUCAUCACCAACGGUGUGUCCCUGCUCAAGGACAUCUACAAGAAGACCAAGAAUGAGAGGAUUAAGAUACGUGCGCUGGUGGGUCUCUGUAAACUGGGUUCUGCUGGUGGUGAUGAUUACAGUUUAAGGCAGUUUGCUGAAGGCUCCACAGAGAAGCUCGCCAAGCAGUGCAGAAAGUGGCUUUGUAAUCCCCAGAUUGAUACCAAAACAAGAAACUGGGCUAUAGAGGGUCUUGCUUAUUUGACUAAUGAUGCUGAUGUGAAAGAUGACUUCGUUGAGGAUGAGGCUGCCAUGAAAGCUAUGUUUGAACUGGCCAAGUCUAGGGAUAAGACAAUCUUAUAUGCAGUAUCUUGCACCCUGGUUAACUGCACCAAUUGCUACGAAAAGAAAGACAUCCUCCCUGAGCUGGUUCAGCUUGCCAAGUUCUCAAAGCAACAUGUCCCUGAACAACAUCCCAAGGACAAGAAGGAUUUUAUUGAGAGGAGAGUGAAAAAGCUUCUGAAGGCUGGAGUCACAUCAGCCCUUGCUGUCAUGGUCAAAGCAGACAACUCCAUCCUGACUGACCAGACAAAGGAGAUGCUGUCAAGGGUUUUCUUGGCAUUGUCAGAGGAUCCAAAGGACAGGGGAAUUAUUGUUGCCCAAGGUGGGGGGAAGGCUUUGAUACCACUUGCCCUGGACGGCACAGAAGCUGGGAAGGUAAAGGCCUGUCACUGCCUUGCCAAGAUUGCAGCUAUUUCUAACCCUGAAAUUGCCUUCCCGGGUGAGAGGGUGUAUGAGGUGGUACGGCCUUUGAUUAACCUCCUUCAAACAGAUAGAGAUGGAAUUCAAAACUAUGAAGCUCUGAAAGGCCUCACCAACCUCGCUGGUUUCAGUGAAAAACUAAGGGUAAAGAUUUUGAAAGAGAACGCCAUACCAGAAAUUGAGAACUACAUGUUUGAGGAUCAUGACCAGAUCAGACAGGCUGCCACUGAAUGCAUGUGCAACCUUGUUACAUGUAAAGAUGUCCAAGAACGCUACCUGGAAGAUGGCAAUGAUAAGUUGAAGCUGCUAAUUCUGCUGUGUGGCGAAGAUGAUGAAAAACUCCAGAUAGCUGCAGCUGGAGCUCUGGCCAUGCUCACUGCUGCUCAGAAGAAGCUCUGCAACAAGUUGACCAUGGUGACGACCCAGUGGAUGGAAAUCCUGCAGAGGUUGUGCCUGCACGACAACCCUUGGAUACAGCACCGUGGCCUGGUAAUUGUCUUCAACAUGCUCAACUCAGACGACAGUGAGCUGUCCAAAAAGCUGAUCGAGAGUGAGAUGCUGGAAAUCCUCUCUGUGAUCGGCAAGGCUGACGAUAAUCCCAAGAGGCAGGAUGCCAUCGAUGCGGCACGUGUGUGCCUUGUCAAAGCUAUGGAACUUGGUCUCAUCAAACCUUUCUCCAGCCCUUCCUAAAAUGCUGUUAUAAAAAUAACAAUUGGACACACUUCUUUAUUUUCUCUGUUAUAUACAGACUUCUUUUCUAAAGUUUUUUCACUUCAGAGAUAUUAAAGGUUUAAACACC